UGGAAGCAAAUGGAGAUUUAUCAAAACCAUCAGGCGGUCCACGAGGUCGCAAUUUUAUACAGAUGAAGUGGAAGGAGAUCCUAAGAGUGAGGACAAAUGGCGUAAGGUGUGGAGCGAUUAUAAGAAUAAUUGCAAGAAAAAGUGUGCUAAAAUUAAUAGAGCUGCUAGUGGCACUGGUGGCGGACCAGCGCUCCAUUUAUUAUUGACUGACCAGGAACAAAGGGUCAUGCAGAUAAUUGGAGUGCAGGCAGCUACUGGCAUGGAGAUAAAAGAAGCUGGGUUUCCACAAGAAGAAAUUUCAACUGAGAGGCCAAAUACUCAAAUUAUUUUAAAGGAACCGGAAAUAGAUUGGAACACUCCUAGCACAAGCAGUCAACCAACAGUGGCUCCACCAACACCAACUGAGGCUCCCCCUCCAGUUAUUAACGAGGAAGAGGAGUGGAACCCUCCGCCACAGAAAAAAAGAAAAAACAAUUUAACAAAAAUGUUUUUAGAUAUAGAAAAGCAAGAAAGAAAGAAAGAAGAAAGAAGAAAGAAAAGAAGAAAGAACAGAAAGGCAAGGGAGUAUGCUUCAGAGCGUGAUAGGGUAUAUGAGGAAUUAGAAAGAGAUCGGUUGAGAGUUAGAGAAUUUGAGGUACGUGAAAGAGUAAGACAGAGAGAUGAAGAGCUACGGAUGCAGGGUCAAUGGCUGGAAUUUAUGAAAGAGGCAAUGGAAGCUUUUGUGAGGUUUAUGGAGAGAAAGUCUUAAGUUAAGCUUAAUUACUAUAUUUUUUUACCAACUACUUUUAUUUUACCAAUUAAUUAAUUAUUUUAUUUUAUUUUAUUUUACCAAUUACUUAAUUAUAAUUACCAAUUACUAUAUUUUUACAAAAUUAAUAAACAAAAGUAAAAUUA